GUACUUCUCCCCCCGCCCGUUUUCGCCCUAUAGCACCGAAACUGACGGCAGCAAUGGAACAUGACUUUGCUCCUUGUGUCUGUUCGGUCAACAGGGGAGGGUUUGGAGUUUCCAGGGUUCCUAUCGACCUUGCGCUGGCGGUGACGAUCUGGCGCCUGGCAUGUCCGACGACGCUGAUCCGGGACCGGCUCUUUUGGGGGAUAGCGGAACAGAUGAUAUGCGAUAUCUUCAACCUCACCAUCGAAGCGAUCUUUGAUCGCUGGGGUCACCUGGUAAACCAGCUGCAACAUGAUGCAAUUCUAUCAAAGAUAGAUAUGUUCUGUCAGGCAAUUCAUGAGAAAGGUGCCCCGCUCACGCGUUGUUGGGGCUUUAUCGACGGCACUAUUCGCGCGAUCUCGCGACCUAAGCGUAAUCAGAGAUUGUGGUACAAUGGUUGGAAGCGAAAGCACGCGUUGAAGUAUCAAGCGAUCGACACCCCCGAUGGGAUAAUUCGCAUGCUUUGGGGUCCCAUACUCGGGCGUCGCCACGAUGUCGCCAUGGUAGGGGAAAGUGGUCUGCUGCAAGAUCUGCAGCAGUGGUUCAACGACGCAGCAGGCACCCCUUACUACGUAUUCGGCGACCCUGCGUACAGCCUUUCGCCCUGGUUGCUGGCGCCGUACAAGGGGGUUUUAAACGCCUUCGAACAGACCUUCAACACCGCAAUGAGCUCCGUCAGAGUCUCGGUGGCGCUCAGCGCUUGCGGGCUUGGUAAACAGUAUGCGGUCGCCGGCAUUCUGACGAAUUGUCACUCGUCCUUCUACCGCAACAACACUUCUUUCUACUUCGGUGUAAAACCCCCGUCGCUUCGCAGCUACCUGAACGGCGAAGGGUAG